AUGCAUACAUAUGACAAUAUGAAUAAGGAUGUUAUCGAUAUGAGAUACUUCCCGCUUCGAUCUACUCCACCUCUAAUGCAUCAACAUCAACAGGACUGUUUCUUACCCUCUUAUUACGGUGGUGCGUCUCCGUUAAACGCCAUUCUUACUCCUCCGAUUUUACUUCGUUCCACCGCCAUUUCCUACCGUGAUACACUGUAUCUCCACCAGAUGAGUUCCAAAAGAGGAGGUGGUCAGCCUAACAGAGGCGAUGGCAACAAGCCUUCAUCCAAGGGUAAAAACAUAGCCGGUGGUUCUAGCUAUGAUGUCGAUCAGUUGAAUCAGGCAGUUCUAGAUGUGAAUCUGGAUCCAAACCAAGGUGGCAGUUGGGAGGUCAUCUCCAAAAAGAAUAAGAACAAAACCGGAAAUGGUGGUCCUUCCAAACAGCAGGCUGCCCGGAUUCCCAACCCACCAGAUACCCAAAGAACCAGUGGCCGGGGCAAUGGUCAGGUCAGGGCUUCAAACAACACAUGGGCAGCAGCUCAAACAGGCGGAAGAGGUGGAGGUGGUAGCAACUACAACUACAAUGUUGCUUCAAAUACAAUUCCUCCACCUCUUCAGAGUGGAUGGAAUUGGAAUGCUAGGCCAGCCAAUGCAUGGCGAUUAGGAAAUGAUGCUGGGAGGAGGGAGAAUGCUCCAGAAGUUGUUAUCCAGGAAGAUGUUGAAGAUCAACAUGACAUUGGUGAGAUCAAUGAAUCUGAUGAUGAUGAUGAUGAUGAAAUUUUGAGUGAUGGGUAUGAUUUAGAUGAAACCCCAAAACCCCAUGAGUCCCGAAAGAAGAACCAAUGGUAUUCCGACUUUUUCGAAACUUUGGACAGUCUAACUGUGGAGCAAAUCAACGAGCCAACCAGACAAUGGCAUUGCCCUGCAUGUCAAAAUGGUCCAGGUGCCAUUGACUGGUAUCGCAGCCUCCCUUCUCUCGUGACACAUGCAAAAACAAAAGGGUCAAAAAGAGUCAAAAUUCAUCGCGAACUUGCUGAAGUUUUGGAGGAAGAGUUGCGUAGAAGGGGAGCUACAGUGGUAGCAGCUGGUGAGUCAUAUGGUCAAUGGAAAGGUCUCAAUGAAGUUGUGAAAGAUAAGGAAAUCGUGUGGCCACCAAUGGUUGUCAUCAUGAAUACACAGCUCGAACAAGAUGAGAAUGAAAAGUGGCUAGGAAUGGGGAAUCAAGAGCUUUUGGACUACUUUAAGGAUUAUGAAAAGGCUGUGAAGGCGCGCCAUUCUUAUGGUCCAAAAGGACAUAGAGGAAUGAGUGUUCUGAUAUUUGAAUCCUCCGCGGUGGGGUACACGGAAGCUGAGCGACUCAGCAAGCAUUUUGAAAAUGAAGGUACGGACCGAGAUGCGUGGGAUCAAUCCCACCGCCGCAUUCUGUUUUACCCUGGUGGUCAGCGACAGCUGUACGGGUACAUGGCAACAAAACGAGAUUUGGAUUUCUUCAAUCAACAUUGUCAAGGGAAAUCGAAGCUGAAAUUUGAGUUGGUUUCUUACCAAGAGAGGGUUGUGAAUGAGUUGAAGCAAAUGAGUGAGGACAACCAACAGCUGAUUUGGUACAAGAACAGGAUUGCUAAAGAACAAAUGCAUUCGAAAGCACUUGAAGAGUCGUUUACUUUGGUGUCUCAGAGGCUGAGGAAAACCGAAGAAGAGAACCGAAUUGUGAGGGAGAGAACACAACGUUACCAUGAAGAAAACAAGGAAGCGAUGGAUUCUCAAGAACAGUUCUUUAAAGACCAGCUGAAGAUAAUCCAAGAUGCUCGGAAUGCAAAAGAAGGCAAUUUUGAUAAGCUGCAGAGGGAAGAGCGCAUCAGGGUUGAGCAAUCUUAUUCAGUGGUAGAUCCUCAGAAGAGGGAUGAGAAGCUUGAGGCAAUGAAGGAAUUUGAGGAAGAGAGGGAGAAGCUGAUGAAAAGGCUUGAGGAGAAGAGGACUGAAAUGAAGAGAAGGCACUGGAAGGAGGAGAUCGACUUGGAGGAAGGUUUUAAUGCUGAGUUGACUCGGUUGAUGGAGAAGUACACUCCUAAAGAUAAAAUGGAAGGCUGAGAGGUAAGAAUUAAGAUCAAGAGUUGAGAUGAAUAUCUGAGCAUUUUACUGAAAGACUUUUAAUUGAACGUUGAGGCAUUUUAUAUUAUAAGUGUAAUUGAAGUUUACACAUUAAUUAAAGUUGUUGAAUUGUUGUCUUGAAAAUAAAAUAUAAUAUUACUUAUUACUUGGUUGGGUGGUGAUUGGUG